AUGAAGGGCAGAGUUCCACAACACCUGAGCCCAUGCUGGAGCCCGAGCUUACACCGGAACCUGAGCCCACACUGGAGCCAAGAGUCUAGACCAGAGAUCAGGGCGGAGAAACCAUUAGAGCCACUGGCUUUAGAGGUAACUUUGACGGAACAAAACCCGAACGGUGAAUCAUCUGAACCAGAAUUGGACCCUGAACUUUUAGAAGCCCUCAUUCAAGAUUCAGUAAGAGACGAAACUUUGUUCGGUAAUAAACUUUCAGAAAAGAUCAAGGCAGCCAGAGCUAUUGAACGACAGGGUCUGCAAAUCAAAAAGAUUAAUACGAAACCUUACGGCUCUCAAUCCACUAGCAACCGCUCUUCUAGUUCUGGAAACUGGCCCGGCCCACCUCGGUACUCAAUGAACCGCUGCAACCGAGGUGGGAAGAAAACGUCGACGCAGAGCCGCCGUCCAUACCCGAGCUCGACGCAACAGCAGCCAGCAUCGAAGCCUUCAGCAGCGAACAAGUCUCGUGCCCCAGCGCCGCAGUAA